GCGUGAUCAGACACAGAGAUAAAGACGAAAAUUCAGUGUGCAAAUAGACCCGCCUUCAUUUGAAAAUAACUGCGGCGAGCUGAAACAGGAACUCUUGCAGCUCACCGAUGCAUCAUUUGACACUUCUUGAACAGGUUCCCCAAAUCCACAUAAGCGCCGCACGACCUCAGCCGCGUCCCCAUCGCUUCGCCUGAACUCGGAGGAGUCGUGAGGGGAAAAAUUAGACAGAUGACCUCUUUUUACGACGAGAAAGAUUUGGAGGAAGAGCUCAGUCGAGUCAAUUGUCCUGAUGAGGAUUUGGAGUUUGAAUACUUGUUUGAAUAUGAACCACCUUGCAGCGACUUUGCUGGAGGAGAUCAAGAUGACCCCAACCUUGCAUCUCACAAAGUCCUCAGCCCUGAGUCUGACCAGGCUUUCCCUCUGGAGCAGGUCUCCCCUUACGGCAUCAAGUCGUGCAGUCCCUCCUACAGUGAACACAACACUGAGGUUCUCUCAGGAUAUGAGAACCAGGAGGCCAGAAACUACCUGGACGGUACACGACCUGCAGGUGUGGCCCUUAGCCCGCGGAUUGAAAUCACCCCCUCCCGUGAGCACUACAACCACACUCGGGACUCCCUACAGAACCAUCACCUAAACAUUAGUCCCAGACCCACCCUCACUGUGCCUGGCCAUGAAAACCUUGCUUACCGUGAACCCCAGUGCCUGAGUCCCGCCAGCAGCAACUCCUCCACCAGCUGGCACUCGGAAAAUUACUCCCCCUGGGCGUCUCCUUGUGUGUCCCCCAGUAGCGGCCAGAAUCCCGGAGACCUCUGCCCCAGAUUACAGAACAUCCACACUGGCUCACCGCGCACCUCCCCGGGCACCUCUCCUCGCACCAGCCUAGCUGAGGAAGGCUGCCUGGGACCACGCUCGCCUUCCCCCAGGCCUGGCUCCCGCUCCACCUCCCCACAGGGCAAACGCACCUACGACAUGUACAGGAAUCCAGGCUUGGUCCCUGGGCACCGCUCCCGCAGUCCCUCCCCUCUCAGCGGCCAUGAAGAUCAUAACAUAGGUGCCCACUAUACACACAGCAGCCUUGCUGAUGCCAUGAAUGGUUUUGGCACUGGUCAGCCAGGCCUGGUACCUACUAAAAUAGUCAAGACAUCAAACCAGAUUUACACUCUGUACCCAGAGGACCAUGUAGAAGGAAACUACUUGGUGUCCUGUGACCAGGACAUAAAAACCAAACCUGCUGCAGAGCCUUUCUUUGUUAUCCCCCCAAUCUGGCCCAAGCCACUUGUUUCCAGCAUCUGCAGCAUCCCUGUGGCUUCUCUCCCGCCGUUGGAGUGGCCGAUCCCCCGUCGCACAGACCAGUACGAACUCCACAUUGAGGUGCAGCCCAAGCCGCACCACAGAGCUCACUAUGAGACAGAGGGAAGCAGGGGUGCAGUCAAAGCCACCACAGGAGGACAUCCUGUCGUGCAGUUACAUGGCUACAGAGGCAAGGAGCCACUUGGCCUGCAGAUCUUCAUUGGUACAGCCGAUGAGCGCAUCCUUAAGCCCCACGCCUUUUAUCAAGUCCACCGCAUCACUGGCAAGACAGUUACGACCACCAGCUUUGAGAAGAUCAUCCAUGGCACCAAAGUCCUUGAGAUCCCCCUAGAGCCAAAGAACAACAUGAAAGCAAUAAUCGACUGUGCUGGGAUCCUGAAGCUAAGGAACGCCGACAUCGAGCUGAGAAAGGGCGAGACAGAUGUCGGCCGAAAAAACACCCGUGUCCGUCUUGUGUUUCGCGUGCACAUACCUCAGCCUGGAGGACAGCACGUCUCUCUCCAAGUGGCCUCGCAUCCUAUCGAAUGCUCCCAGCGUUCAGCACAUGAGCUUCCCAUGGUGGAGAAGCAGGACAUGGACAGCUGCUCUGUUCUGGGAGGUCAGCAGAUGAUCCUGACUGGGCAGAACUUCAGUUCCGAUUCCAAGGUCAUUUUUAUGGAGAAAACCCAGGAUGGGCAGCAAAUCUGGGAAAUGGAAGCAACAGUGGACAAAGAUAAGAGCCAGCCUAGCAUGCUGUUUGUGGAGGUGCCAUCCUACCGAGACACAUCUGUCUGCCAUUCGGUCAAAGUGAACUUCUACGUCAUUAAUGGCAAGAGGAAGCGGAGCCAGCCUCAACAUUUCACCUACACACCACUGGCAUGUAAGAAUGCUGCUCAGCCUCUCUGUGCUCCAUCCAUCAAGACAGAACCUAUAGAUGAGUACGAAGCAGACCACAUGGGGUUUUCCAUGCCUCAGAUCUUGGGCUUAUCUCCUCAUUCCUAUUACCACAACCCACGCAGCAUCCUCCAUCAAGACAACGGCCUGGUCUCUAGCAUGGCCUCCUGCCAGCGUCUCAGCUCCAGCCUUCCAAGUCAAGACGCCCGUUACCAGCAGCAGAGUCCGGCUAUCGUCUACUCCCGUGGCGGCAAGAGUCUGAGCGGCAGCCCUGGCCUUUAUCAGCAGGCUGGAGGGAUGAUGCCUGACCCACACAGGUCAGUCCUGGUUCACACAGGCUCCUCGGGUCAGUCUGUAGGUCCCAUCGCUGCAGGCCAGCACUCUUCGAUCAUCCAGUUCUCCCCCACCAACCACCUGCUUCGGGCAGAAGACCCUCAAGCUCUCACUGCUCCGCAGCCUGACAACCAGCAGAUCAUCUACUGCGAUGGCUACUCCCCACAGGCCGCCGCCCACUCACCCACACCCCCCCAGGCUCAGGCAGCAGUCUCCCACUCACAGCACUAUCCCACUGUGAUCCAGCAGCAGCCCUACGCCCAGAAGGGGCAGCAGAAAGGCCGGGCUCCACCUGGCACGGGGCAGAUGGAGGCUCCAGGAGACGGACAGAGGAGGGUGACGGUCAAGGAGGAGAACUUGGACCAGGCCUACCUAGAUGAUGGUGAGUUGAAUGAGAUAAUAAGAAAGGAUCUGACAGGUGUCCAGGCCAGAGGGCAGACAUAGACGAAGGAACCUGAGCAGGAAAUGACAACAUAUCCCCCCCAACACACACAGACAGACACGCACACAGUGAGGUGACGCCAGUCUGCCAACAAUCAGACCUUCUCUUCCUCAUUUUCUUUACCCAUAGAGAAAUAUCAGCUACCGGCUGCUGUGUUUGCUUUGGAUGCUUUCCUGCAAUAAACAGUUUCAUCUGGCAAACGAAGAAUGAAUUUGACGCAUAACGUCAACACUAGCACCCAGCAACAAACCGAUAAGAAAGAAGAGGAAUGUGCCUUAUUUUUUCCUGGUUGAAGUUUUGAUACAGUUUGUUUUACAAAGGAAUAAAGACAUACAAUUGGAGAAAUGUGUCCGCAGAAUAGCCUUAGCCAUACUAUCCAGGCAUUAAACUCUCACCUGUUUGCCUCCCACAUGUUUGCCUCAGAGUGGUGAAUGAUUGAUUAUGUAGCAUGCAGCAGUUUCAAAUUUGUGAAAUUUCUUAUUGAAGAACAUUGGUUGGUCAACAGCUUAAUGUCAUACCAAAUACUCACCCCAAAUACAAGAUAUAUAUAAAUAAAUAAACUUUUAUAUAUAUAAUCAAAUAAUUCUUGUGGCUAAAGCUAGUCAUAUUUUUGUUUAAUUCUUCUUGCACAGUGUGUAUUUUGUCUGUGUGUGAAGCUACGUAUUUAAAGAUGCUUCUAAGCUUACAUGCUGAUCAUCUCAUUUUAAGUGCAGUUUUCUAAUUGAAGUGAAGCGCACACUGCCUUAACCAUAUACAAAUGAACUAUUGUGACGCCUCCUCAUAUGCACUGUUUUCAAUAACAGGGGGUCAUUGUUAUUACUUUUUUAAUAUAAUAUUUGAGUCAUGUGAAUAAUGUACCAUUUUAUAUUCAUUAAAUAUAUAUUGCUUUAUAUUCAGGUGAAAAUGCCAAAUGUGGCUUCGCAGGGGCCUUUGAUACUACA